AUGACGCCUCCGUCCUUUUCGUUUCGUGUUUGUCGGGCCCGUGCGUUCCCCGCCCUGCGUGCCGGUGUUCUUGCGUCACUCUGCGCGAGGUGGCGCGUGCGUGGGGAUGAGCGGGGGGAAUGUCCUGCGAUGAGCACUGCGGUGCGCUGGUGGAGGUGCUUGCGCGUCGUGUCAGCCGCGUUUAUGGCCGCAGCUUGGAGCCGAGUGCGCCGGCUGCUUUUCUGGGGUCUGCUGCUUCGUAAACGGGAUCGGUGCGUGCGGCGUGUGGGGGGCAGAGCGUUUGUUCCGUGUCGCAGCUUUGGGCCGCGGUGUGUUCCCGGUCUGCAACCCAAUUGCGUCCCCGAUUGGGUGCGCUGCUCAGGCGCUACAGCAGCUGUGUGCGGGCCCCGCCGGCGUGCGCCCGGCCGCUCGCUGCGAGGGACUGGGCGGAGAAAGCACGACAGGGCGCCUCGCUUGUCUUCGCAACUGCGCUCCGGUGCUCUCAUUGCGGUUUCAAGCAACUCUGCUUUUUUCUUUCGCAGGGUUCACGCGGCGUGCGUGCUUGGGGGACGCCCCUCCUUUUUUUCUGCUCUUCGCCCACCGCUUCCUGCUCCCCUAUUGUCCCUGAGCGUAGUUCGGCUGCGGGGAGCGGAAGAAGCAGGCGCGAAGGACGAGGCAUGGCAGCCGUGCAGCGCGAGCUGUGCGGCUCGUGUGCGGGGGCCUGAUGGGCUUCUGCCUUUGGGCCCCACACGUCACGGAUGGGCGGGGAUGGCGCGGUUAGGCGUCGCAGGCGCUCACGGCGCCAGGCGCCCUUGCGGUGCUUCCAACGAACUACUCCGCGGCGUGCACACCGCCCACGCAGUAAGAAGUGCUCCAACACGGAGACAGAGCGCCCGCGCCCGCCUUGCGCUGCCGUUGGGCGCACUGCUUUGUGCAUGCCGCAAUGAGCAGCGAGCAGGACGCAAAAUUUUAUUCUUUACAUGGUCUCUCUGCGGGUAUGAGGCCGCCUUUGCGUUGCACCGCCUUUUCCUUCGCGUUGCCUCCGCCGUGCGGGAGUAG